AUGGUAGCUCCAGGAUCAGCAGCCAUCUUGGGGCAAGCAUUUUUUACAUCGCCGCUUUCUUUUUCGCUAUCUUACCAACCCACCACCUUUCAUAAUCUCUCCCAAUCAGUGGCCUCCUCGCACCCCACCGUCACCACCACCGCACCACUCACCGAGCCAGAGCUUGUUACAUCUCCACUUACACCCACCGAAUCCCCAGCGGCCCAGCCUGAGCAGCCCAAGUGGCCUGGUUGGUCCGGAUACAUCGUGUACAGAAUAAUCGUGCCUGCGACGAAAGUUAGCUGCAUCAUUGGUAGAAAGGGAGAGGCCGUCAAGAAGCUCUGCGCAGAGACUCGUGCUCGUGUCAAUGUUCUUCAUGGCCCUGUGAUCACUUCUGCUCAUCGCAUCGUGCUGGUUUCUAGUAAAGAAGAAGUAGAUGCUGUGUUGUCACCGGCUAUGGUUGCGGUUAUGAGACUAUCCAGACGAAUAAAUGAAUUACCCGAGGGUGAUGAAGAUGACAUUGAAACGUCUCCUGUGUCUUGCUGUGUCCGUUUAUUGGUUCCUUCUGGACAAGCAUAUAGUCUCAUUGGUCGACAAGGGUUGACAGUCAAGUCGAUGCAGGAGGCUAGUGGCGCCGCAAUACAGGUUUUCUCAAGAGAUGAAGUUCCAGCAUGUAAUAUCGAUUCAGAUGGCUGGCCCGGAUGCAACGUGUACAGAUUGAUCGUGCCGCUGAUGAAAGUGGGCUCCAUCAUUGGAAAGAAAGGAGAGACCGUCAAGAAGCUGUGUGUUGAGACUGGUGCUCGUGUCAAUGUUCUUCCUGGGCUUGUCACUUGUCCUCAUCGCGUAGUGGUGAUAUCUGGUAAGGAGGAUCCAGAUGCUGCGUUAUCGCCCGCUAUGGUGGCCGUGAUGCGGCUAUCUAAGCAGGUAAUUGGAUUACCCGAGGGUGAUGAAGAUGAUAUCAAAUCAUCAGGAGCCGCUGCUGUGAAUUGCUGUGUGCGUUUAUUGGUGCCUUCGGGACAAGCCUUUAGCCUGAUUGGCAGGCAAGGGGCGAGAAUCAGGCCGAUGCAGGAGGCGAGUGGCUCUGCAAUUCGGGUACUUUCAAGUGCUGAAGUCCCAACCUAUGUCAUCGAUCCAGAUGAAAAGGUUGUGGAAUUGGAAGGAGAAGCCAUCAAUGUUCUUAAAGCUCUUAAAUAUGUUGCUGGACACUUGAGAAAUUUUUUGGUGGAUCACAGUGUUCUUCCUUUAUUUGAGAAGAAUACUGAUAAUGCUGACAAGAUGACGCUGAACCCGACUACUCAAGCAGGAUCUGAUGGUUGUGAAUACUCUGAUCUUUCGGAUUAUGAGGAUACCGCAGCUACUGGAUGUGAAAGGGUCAUCCUAUGUUUGUUGUUUUCAUGUACAUCUCCUGUAAUAUUUUUCUUGUAA